UAAAAAAUGGACGGAAAAUAAUAAAAAGGGCAGUGAAUUGUAUUAGUGGAAGUGAGUGUAGUGUAUUAUAGUGUAAAAUUAUGGUGUGAAGCAGCAUGAGUGAGCCACGAGAGAAGCGGUCUGGUAUUAGCAGGGUGCUGAGCGCGCUGGGUGGCAGCGAAGCUUGUGGCGCACGAUGGACGCUGGCUGCAUUGUUGUUGGCACCACUAACCGCUGCCAAUGCAAGCUAUUGCGCGGUACCAGCUGUUAUGUUACUGGCAGCAUUUGCUACCUUCGCUACAUUAACGUGCAAGGAUUUACGGAAGCUAGCCGAAAUCCUUCCACCAUUGAAAACAGCACGAGGUCGUCGUGAGAGGAACAUGCGUUCGUUCGCCGACUUCAUGGCAAUGUGGAUGUGCUUCCUGUCGCACCUGGUGGCGGUGGCGGUAUGCGCGAGGAUCCUCAGCGCGACUGCCGACCACGUGACAGGCGGCCGGACGAGGCGAUGGUUAUUCGGCUACGAAACGAGAGCCUUGGGGGAGCCCUGGCCAGAUGUUAUAGGAGUCACUGUUGUUAUGGUUGUCUGCGCGAUGUUCAUGUGUGGCCUUGAGGAGAGUAUGAUGUUUACAUUCAUGUUACUUAUGCUGCUGUAUUUAUUCAGUCAGUGUUUCGCGAUCUUUGGUCUAAUAAAUUUGGAUAUCGCAAGUAUCAAAAUACCAAUUCCAAUUACUAUAUAUGAGUUGUUCGCUGCCGGCGCACCGAUAUCGUAUGCCUUUAGCGUUGGUCUUCCACCAAUGCAGAACAACGCUCUCAAGAAAAACUUGUUCCUUCUCAUUGGUCUACCUACAAUAAUACUUUCCAGUCUUUGCUUUUUAUAUACGAAUAUGCUAAAAGGAAACAGCAUAGAUGCGGCAUUACCAGUAACAACUCUUCUAGAGGCGAAGUCCGCGGGCUGGGUGUGCCCCGUGCUGGCCGGCAUCACGGUCGCCGGCGUCUGCCUUGCUCUCACCGAGCUCUGCCCUCUGCUCUUCUCACUGCUUGUACUGCUCGCCUCUCCCGAGUGGAAGGUCCUCACCAGAUCAAUGACCUAUGAGAGCACUACGACUGGAAGUCCCGUCCUAGCUGUGUUUACUGCAGGAAGUUUAGCUGCAAUAUUAGCAUUCGCGUGCCCUUUAUCACACAUGAUAACUCUGAUGAAUGCCAGUCACUUAUUCGGGAUCACGAUACAAGCGUUCCACUUCAUGAUAAUGAGAUGUGUGCCCACGAAGGAACAAAUGGAAGCAGGAAAUAUAGAAUACAAACGGCUCGGAACAGAAGGUUCGUCGCGAGUCGUCAAAUCGGCCUCGGUAAAAUCAAAACGUGGCCUAUGGUUCAUUCCUUCUGCCAUUCGUCAUACAAAGACAUUAGAGAGUAUCAAAUCCAAAGUUACAAAAGAGACUGAAGAACGUGAGUGCCUUCUUCUGGAUGAAUACGCAGGUUGUCCAACUGAGGAUUUAGAGCAAACUUCCAGUAACAACGUUAGAAUACCAAUGGCCGUCGAAGAGGAUAUAGACUGUCCAUCUGAUAUUGAUGCCAGUGAACAUGAUAUAUCCUCCGGUGAUGAUUCCACGGAUAUAGAUGCCGUUGUUAAAGAAUACAAGGAUACCAUACAGGUGGUAACAGCGAUCCCAGAAGCGAGCACUCCACCGCCACCUUGCGUGCGCGGCGCGCGCUGGGCGGCGGCGGGCGCGGCGGUGCAGGUCUUCGCCAACGCGAUCCUAGCCGUGGCAUUCUGUAACGAGGACCUAAGGAUGCCUAUGUUCCUCGCUGGAAUACCAAUGUGGUUGUGCGGAACAUUAAUUUGUAUAUGGCAGCCAUCACACAAACUGGGCACUAAGAAGAUCCAAGGCGUCGAAGGUCCAAUAACAAUGACCAUGGCGUUGUUAUUCCUUACGCCACUACUGCUCGACUCCUGGCCAGCCAUUAUUCUGUUUGCUGGAGCAGGCGUAGUAAUAUACGCACGUUGCGAGCGCUGGUGCGGCGACCUAGCAGUACGUCAAGCACGCAGUCAUCUUGAGCGACACAAGCGCCCCCUCACCGGUACUCUCGCACACAUCGAUACUGUGUACAUCGCCAGAUGACAAGACGAGGACUCGGACUCGAGUCUAGAUAAUCUGAUAGAAGCUGGUGAAGACGAGCUGGACCCUGACGCCGAAUGCCAGGAGCCGGCUAUCGUGAUCAUCACGCCUUGUGAUGGUAGACAAGCAUCGACCAGUAUGCAAUGAAUGUGACGAAAAGUACCCUAUGUCAUAAUGUAAUAAGGUCGUAAUCGUAAAUAAUUGUGAACGUAGCACUUCGUCUCUAGCACACUGACUCGAAAGCGUAUUUGAACCCAAAAUAUCUGCUUUCGGAUUUCAGUGUGUACUUGUGAAAUAUAAAUAUUUACAGUAGAAGAAACUGUUAUCAAAAUGUAUGUUAAAUAUAUGUUUUGAGAGUGUACAAGAAAAAGUAGCGAAUAUUGAGGAAAAAUACAUAAUAGCAUAUUCAGCGCUUGAAUUGGCACAUCAGGCAGAACAGUACUCUUGUUCCCCGUGUGCCAAUACAAACGGCGAGCACUGUAGGUUGUAUGGCAUGCUGCCAUAUCCAUAAUACAGCUUACGCUUUAUAAUCAAUGAUUUUGGUAGUAUUCGUACAUUUGCGUAAGCCCAGUUAAAAUUACAAUAAUGAAAAAGGUCUUUUGUAUUCAGUACAAAAGUAAUGCAAAUUAUUCCGUUCCGCAUA